AUGGGCGACCCCGCCGACGAGUUCCGGAACCAGUGGGUCAACCCACGCGACAUUCUCAGCCUCCUGCUCCUAGUCGGAGGCGACAUUGUCCAAAAGGCAAUCGCCCAGCUCGUCGGCUUCCGACUUCGGCCAUUCUCACGUGGCCGUGGUCGAGGCAUCUCCAUCGCCCCGGUAGCAUUCUCAUUCGGAUGGGUCGCCUAUGGCUUCACCAACCUCCUCGCGGCCGUCGGCGACAUGAGCCUCAUGCCGCGCAACGAACACCCGUCCAUCCUCGUCACCUGCUCCAACGGCUUCGUGCGCGAGAACCGGUCAUGGGUCCUCGGUCGUUUUCUCCGCGACCACGAGCUCAAGUACGUAGCUGACCGAGACAAAAACGACGAGCACCAGACCCCGGUAUCCGUGCGCAUCGACAUCUUCCAUCUCGAGCCCGGCUCCGACGUGACAUGCGACUACGUCUGGUGGUGCGGCUGGGCGACACUGGUAGUGCAGCUCGCCAUCGCCGCGAUCCCAUGGGGUCUGUACGGGGACUGGUCCGCCAUGCUCGUCACGCUCUGCGGCACCUUGCUCGUGCUGGGCACGUGCAUGAUCCCGCAGUGGGAGCGGGAGAAGUGGGCAGGCCGCAAGCUCCGGGGCGACAAGACCAUGUGCCUGACCCGCGGCAACGGCAGCGCCCACAUCAUCGUGCUGCUUGGCAGCGCCGGGUCCUGGGACAUCGAGUCCGCGGCGGCGGCGUCGGACACUCCCCAUCGGCACCCAGGCACGCGGGUCAUCGCGAUGGUGCUCGCCCUGCUGUGGACGUUCUUGCUCCUGAGUGUCGCCGGCCUCCAGGACAACACCUGGUUCCUGGUAGCGAUCGGGGCACUCGGCAUGGUGCAGAAUGUCCUUGCCGCGGGCGCGCCCAGGCAUCCCAGCGCGUCCGGGCUGCAUCUCAGGAGCUUUGAGCGAGCCCCGACAAUCAUCGGGCGGCGCGAGAGCUAUGUGGACGAUACUGAUGCCUCGGUUGACUUGGACCGCACGAAUGCCGAGCUCGCCAGUCUUGCAGCGUGGGCAAGUCAGCCACCCCUUCGGCACUCUUCGGACUCGCACAAGCCAGCAGCAGCAUCGACCAUGCCACCCAUGCCUGCUUGGCUGCAGACCAUGUCCAGCGAAGACGGAGUGCCGUCUUGGCUGGAAGCCAAGCAGCCGAGCUCCCAGGGCAAAACCAUAGAAGAAGGUGGCGACGUUGUCUAUGCCACCGGUGUGCAUGGAGCUCUGAUGGAGCUGGAGAAGUGGGUGCCUACCGCUGGACUUGCCAUGGUGCAGGUAUUCUUCCCUGGCGGACUCGAGUACAACGAUGCCUCGAUCCGAGACAAUGUCCACAAGAAGUUCUGGCAGAGGGCAUACUAUACUGCGCCGGUCCGCAAGCGCGCAGAGGCAAGACGGAAAGUUGAGGAGAACCGUGGCCGGGACACCGAACCCUGCUAG